AUGACAGGGAAAAGGAAGCAACCAAGCCCGGUGGGAAGCCCGUCUUCCGGCAACAUCUCGGACAGCUCUUCUAAGGACCAAGACAAGUUUCUUCCCAUAGCCAACGUUAGCCGCAUCAUGAAAAAAUCCCUGCCGGCCAAUGCAAAGAUUUCUAAAGAAGCCAAAGAGACCGUGCAAGAAUGCGUUUCAGAGUUCAUUAGCUUCAUCACCGGAGAAGCUUCCGACAAAUGUCAAAGAGAGAAGAGGAAGACUAUCAACGGGGAUGAUCUCUUAUGGGCCAUGACAACAUUAGGGUUUGAGAAUUACGUGGGCACUUUGAAAAUUUAUCUCAACAAGUACAGAGAAGUUGAAGAUAAAAAUGGCAUGGUUGGUAAUAACUCAUCGCCUACUACUCAUACUUGUAGUGUUGGUGAGUUUAACAAGGCGACUACUUCGAAGCCGGAUUUCAAUACAUAUUAUUCACUGGGAGAACAGGUCCAGGAGAAGAGUUAUGGAGAAAACAUGAUGAUGAAUAUUAAUGGUGGUUUUAGUAUUGGUGAUAGGAGUGGUAAUAAUGGGAUUAUAGCAAAUCCAUCACCUGUACAUAAUGGGGUUCAAUGGUAG